AUGGUAUGCAAGACUGACAGAUGCAACAUCAGUAAUCCACACUCGCCAUAUCACAAGUACCAUCAGCUAGGAGAUCUUAUGAUUGGUGGCAUUGUUUUUCAAGCUAGCAUCUUCAGCGAACAAAUCACCUUCACUAAAUUCCCCCCACCAGCAUUUCCUGGCAGCUUUGUCUUAAUUCCUAAGAAUUACCAGCACAUCCUGGCUUUGGAAUUUGCUGUGAAGGAAAUCAAUGAAAACCCACAGAUCUUACCCAAUCUCACCUUGGGUUUCCGCAUCUAUGACAGCUAUGAUAAUGGUAAGAGCACCUAUCACGCCACCAUGCUACUUCUAUCAUCCAUGAAGGGGUUGAUCCCCAACUACAUAUGUAACAUCCAGAACAGUGCAAUAGCUGUUGUUGGGGGACUGGAUGCCCAUAUCUCCUUUUAUGUGGCCACUAUGUUGGAUAUUUAUAAGAUUCCACAGGGAGGUGGGGUGUCUUAUUAUUUUGGGGAUGGAGGCAGCACUACCACGAGCUUCAUCAUACUGGCACAGUGGGCAUCCUGCCACUCGUGGCUGUGCCAGUAUGUCGAACUUCACAGCACUGCUGCUGUUCAUGCAUAUAAGGACACAAGUCUUGCAGAGUCCUGCUCCAGCAGUGGCAGCAGCGGCAUGCUCAUUUAUGGCUCCACUCCAUUGAUGAAUGAUAAAACUCCAGGCCUUUUUUUUUAUCAGUUGGUUCCACCAGAAGCCCUUCAACAUGCAGGGAUGGUCUCACUGCUCCAGCAUUUUAACUGGACCUGGGUUGGUCUCCUUGCAGUGGAUAGUGAACAUGGAGAAGAAAUUAUUCGAAAUGUGGUUCCACUUUUUUCCAAAAAAGGAAUAUGUUAUGCUUUUAUUGAAAAACUCCCAAAAUAUAGUGAUGUAACGGGAUUGAAAGGUAUGGUUGAUCAGGGAGCAAAAGUAUAUGAGCUUAUCAUGGACAAUAAAACUAAUGUGAUCAUUGUCUUUGGAGAAUCUACCACCAUGGGGACUUUGAGAUGGUUCACAUAUCUACCAGAGUUUGCAACAGUGUCAAGUAAACCUAAAGGAAUUGUAUGGAUACUGAAUGCUCAGAUUGAAUUUGCUUCAUCAGCAUUUCAACGCACUUGGGAUACAGAAAUAAUCCAUGGUGCUUUUUCUUUCACAAUGCAGUCUGUUGAUCUACCAGAGUUUAAAUCAUUUCUUAAGAAGAAAAAUCCCUUCACAACCAAGGAAGACGGAUUUAUCAAUCUGUUCUGGCAAAAUGUUUUUGACUGCGUUUUGCCUGAUGCAGUUCCAAGUGAUGAGCCUGAGAACAUUUGUAAUGGAGAAGAGAAUCUAGAGACCCUUAUUGCAUCUUUAUUUGAAAUGAAAAUGACUGGUCAUAGCUACAGCAUUUAUAAUGCUAUUCAUUCUUUAGCUCAUGCUUUACAUGCCAUGUCCUCCUCAAAACAUAAAAGAAGAGGUCUGACAGACAGAAAAAGAGGGAAGAUCCAUAAAAAAGACUUCUGGCAGCUCCAUAACUUUCUGAGAACUGUAUCUUUUAACAACAGUGCCGGAAAACUUGUUUCAUUUGAUCAGAAUCGGGUAGUAAGAGGUGGAUUUGAUGUUAUUAACUGGAUUAUUUUCCCAAACCAAUCAUUUAUUCGAGUGAAAAUUGGAUAUAUAGAUCACUUAAAUCCUUCAGAUGAAAUGUUAACUAUCAAUAAUGAAAACAUUACAUGGCACAAAUGGUUUAAUCAGGUACAACCUAUUUCUGCAUGCAGUAAGAAUUGUUUUUCUGGUUUUAGCAAAAAAGUGAAGGAAGGGAAGCCAUUUUGCUGCUAUGACUGUAUUCCUUGUCCAGAAGGGAGAGUUUCAACUGAAAUUGACAGAAUUGAAUGUUCCAAAUGCAAAGAGAAAACCUAUCCCAACAAGAAAAGGGAUUUCUGUAUACCCAAAAUCAUUAGUUUCUUGUCUUAUGAAGAACCUUUAGGAAUCAGUUUAGCUUCUUUUGCACUUUCCUUUUCUUUGACUACAGUUCUUGUGCUAAGUGUAUUUAUGAGGAAUCACAAUACUCCCAUAGUCAAAGCUAACAACCGGGACUUGACCUACACUCUCCUCAUCUCCCUUCUGCUCUGCUUCCUUUCAGUGCUACUAUUCAUUGGCCAGCCUGGAAAAAUGACCUGUCUUCUCCGACAAACAACUUUUGGAAUGGUUUUCUCAGUGGCUAUUUCUUCUAUUUUAGCCAAAACCAUCACAGUGGUUCUUGCUUUCAUAGCCACCAAGCCAGGAUCUAGCAUGAGAAAAUGGGUGGGGAAAAAGUUAACUAAUUCCAUUGUUAUUUCCUGCUCCCUCAUCCAAGCAAGCAUCUGUAUUUUGUGGCUGGCAAUGGCUCCCCCCUUCCCAGAUGUUGAUAUGGUCUCAGUGAUUGAAGAAAUUGUACUGCAAUGUAAUGAAGGCUCUGUGACCAUGUUUUAUUGUGUCCUUGGCUAUAUGAGUUUCCUGGCUCUUAUCAGCUGCACCACAGCUUUCCUUGCCAGGAAGUUACCUGACAGUUUCAAUGAAGCCAAGUUCAUCACCUUCAGCAUGUUGGUCUUUUGCAGUGUUUGGUUGUCCUUUAUCCCAGCAUACCUGAGUUCCAAAGGGAAAUACAUAGUGGCUGUGGAGAUUUUCUCCAUUUUAGCAUCUGGUGCUGGGCUUCUAGGUUGCAUAUUUUCCCCAAAAUGUUAUAUCAUUGUGUUCAGGGCUGAACUGAAUAACAGGGAACAACUAAUAAGAAGAAAAGACUGA